AUGGGAGAAUUGAAGGACACUGAGGCUUACGAGGAAGAGCUCCUCGAUUACGAAGAAGAAGAUGAGAAAGCUCCCGAUUCUGCCAAGCCCGCCGAAUCUGGCAAGAAGGGUUAUGUUGGCAUCCAUAGUUCGGGAUUUCGAGACUUCCUGUUGAAGCCAGAGCUUCUGCGAGCCAUUGUAGAUUCAGGAUUUGAGCAUCCUUCAGAAGUGCAACAUGAAUGCAUCCCUCAAGCAAUCUUAGGAAUGGAUGUCAUUUGCCAAGCAAAAUCUGGGAUGGGAAAGACUGCUGUUUUUGUUCUUUCUACACUUCAGCAAGUUGAUCCUGUUCCUGGUCAAGUUGCAGCUCUUGUCCUUUGCCACACAAGAGAACUGGCUUAUCAGAUUUGUCAUGAAUUUGAGAGGUUUAGCACAUAUCUUUCUGAUAUAAAGGCUGCUGUUUUCUAUGGUGGUGUCAAUAUCAAGGUUCACAAAGAAUUGCUCAAGAAUGAAUGUCCUCAUAUUGUUGUUGGAACUCCUGGGAGGAUUCUUGCUCUGGCUAGAGAUAAGGACCUUGGUUUAAAGAACGUGAGGCAUUUUAUACUUGAUGAGUGUGACAAGAUGCUCGAGUCACUUGAUAUGAGAAGAGAUGUCCAAGAGAUUUUCAAAUUGACCCCUCAUGAUAAACAAGUGAUGAUGUUUUCAGCUACACUCAGUAAAGAGAUUCGACCUGUUUGCAAGAAAUUUAUGCAAGAUCCUAUGGAAAUUUAUGUAGAUGAUGAGGCCAAAUUGACUCUUCAUGGUCUUGUCCAGCAUUACAUCAAAUUGCAAGAGUCAGAGAAGAAUAGGAAGUUGAAUGAUCUUCUUGAUGCUCUGGACUUCAACCAAGUAGUUAUUUUUGUCAAGAGUGUUAGCAGAGCUGCCGAGUUGAACAAGUUGCUUGUGGAAUGUAACUUCCCAUCCAUCUGUAUACAUUCUGCGAUGUCACAGGAAGAGAGAUUGAAACGAUACAAGGGCUUCAAGGAAGGGAAGCAAAGGAUUCUCGUGGCAACCGACUUAGUAGGGAGGGGGAUUGACAUUGAACGUGUUAAUAUAGUUAUUAAUUAUGACAUGCCUGAUUCUGCUGAUACUUAUUUGCACAGGGUGGGAAGAGCUGGUAGAUUUGGCACGAAGGGGCUUGCAAUUACUUUUGUGUCAUCCACUGCCGACUCUGAAGUUCUUAAUCAGGUGCAAUCCAGGUUUGAAGUUGAUAUAAAGGAGCUUCCUGAACAAAUUGACACUUCGACAUAUACCGCAAAAGUUCCAUCGGAAUGCCAAACUGAUGACGUUUUGGAACAAUCAGGAGGAGGAAUUCGACUGUUACCCUCAUUGAGGGAUAAUUAG